AUGAAGGAUAAUGACAAAAAUGAAUAUGGGACUUUUCCAAUAACUAUAAAUGAAAAAUAUGGAGGUAAAAGUGGAGAUUUUCAGUAUAAAAAAUUUUAUAAUUCUUUAUAUGAGAAGGCAAAAUUAGGACUUUUAUUUUUAUCAUGGUAUGGAUUGAAUGUUAUAUAUAAUGUUGAAAAUAAGAGAGUAUUAAAUAUUACAAAUUUACCAUGGACAGCUAGCUGUGCUCAAUUAUUUGUUGGAUGGAUAUUUAUAAUUACAUAUUGGAGUACUGGAUAUAAAAAAAUUCCAAAAGUUUUUUCAUAUGAUAUAUUUUUAAAAAAUAUAACAAUUCAAAGUGUAUGUCAUAUUAUGGUUCAUUUUGGAGCAAUCAUAUCUAUGUCAUCAACAUCUGUUUCAUUUACACAUGUUGUUAAAGCAUGCGAGCCAGUUUUCACUGCUAUAUUAUCUAUAAUAUUAUUGAAACAAUAUUUAAAAUUCAGUAAAUAUGUUUGUCUUGUAAUUAUUGUUGGAGGUGUUAUAUGUGCCAGUGCUAAAGAAAUUAAUUUUACUAUGGUUGCUUUUAUAUCUGCACUAGUAUCAAAUUUUGGAUCGUCUUUAAGAGCAAUAUAUGUAAAAAAAAUGAUGUUAAAUAAAUCAUCUAUUGGAGAAAAUUUAACAGGGCCAAAUAUUUAUGCACUAAUAACUAUUUUGUCUGCAUUAAUCUCUUUACCAUUUGUUUUUAUAUUUGAAGGAAAACAAUUAUAUAAAUUUAUAACAGAAUUUGAGACUACACAAACAAAACAUACAUUACAAGAAGUAUAUAUAAGAUUAUUUUUAAGUGGUAUAUGGUACUAUUUAAAUAAUGAAUUUGCAUUUAUGUGUUUAGAGAGAGUUAAUCAAGUUACACAUGCUGUUGCUAAUUCAUUAAAAAGAGUUGUUAUUAUUGUUUCUUCAAUUAUUGUAUUUAAAACACAAAUUACUUUACUUGGUGCUGUUGGAUCAGCUGUUACAAUUAUCGGGGCAUUUCUAUAUUCUAUUGUUUAA